GUACCCUGUAGUUUGGCUAUCUCAACAGCCCAACCGUCCCCAUCUCACAUUUGUUUCUUCUUGACCUUGUUCUGGUUGAUCUAUCACAAGUAUAAUCUUUCUGGAGCUUGCCAUGCCAUGUGUUACCAAUUUCAGGCUGCUCUGCAUCAAUCACUUACUUUUCUGCUAUCAUUCUUACACUUUCAUCGCGUUCAUUAUGUCAGUAUUCACCUAACGGCUUGCCAAUGAGCCAUCUUUGUAUCCCGUUGUCGGGGAAGAAAAAGAAUUUGUGCCAUUUGCACAACAGGGAAGUUUUGUUGCUCAGACACCACACAAUCGGCUGAAUUCUGACUCCUAGCAUGACUGAUUGCCUGAAUCUUUGCUUCUGUUCUGGAUGGUGAGUCAGGAAUCACAACCACGUUCCUAAAAGGCAGAGUACAAAUGGCCCAUCACCCAAGGCCCGUAUCACUCUGUCGGUGAGCAGACUAAAGGCAACAUGAGAAUUAAGAUUAGCCAUCCUGCUCUUAAUUUCUUCGCCACAUGUUUCCCAGCACCAUUUUGUGGAUGUUCGUGAGCAAGGAGCCAUGGCAGGUAGUGAGGAAAUUGAAGGAUGGGCCAAGGUGAGUGAAGGGGCAUAUUUUGCACCGACGAGGAAGGUACGAAGAGUAAUAGGUGCUCGAAUUCCCGAUCACGACUUCUUGGGCGUUCCGAAGGCGCCUUCCGACUCAAAGCUCACUAACCGCAGGAUGUUAACAUGGUCUGGGGCAGUUCAAAUGUUCAUUUUCUGCUGAAAAACCUCCUCUUCUCCAAACCAGGGACAGAGUUUUUCCUCACCCUCAUUGUCCUAACUGACUCGGCCGCUCUUCAAAGCGCACAUCGAAGAGACCGGUAUCCCCCCAUCAGCGUUAAUCAGUAUCUCUAUCAACACGAUCACAAAUUAUUUCUUACCAUGAAAAAGCAGCUUUACUUCCCUUCCAUCCCACCUAGCGAAGGCGAGGAGAGCCAGGAGCCGAAUGUGCCCGAAAGUCCCACUCCUAGUACUCCAAGAUGUCCAGUACGCAGGCCACCUACAGUCUGGCACCACAACGCUCUUGCCGAACUCGCCCACGACCUCAGAGACACAAUUCUGGUCGCCCUCGACUUUGAAAUGAUCGAUCACCCAAGACACCAAAAAGUUCUGUCAGCAUCCCAAAGAAUGUCCGAGCUCGGAAUUGCCGUCUACGACCCCCGAGAUGCCGCCGCCUCCGCCACGUAUACCAUCGAAGAAAGACUCCAAAAGAUUCACAUCCGUCAUUAUAUUGCCUCCCGCUGGCGCAAAGUCACCCCCUUGACAUGCGACGCCUUCAUGCACACGACCUGGCCCGGCAAAGGCGGAAAGAUAGUCGAGCACGUCGCUCAUCCCUACGACGGCGUCUUCGCCCGCUCCCGCAUCCGACCUGCUCGCGCCAUCCGCGAUCAGCUGCAGGAUAUUCUCAACCGUCUCCCCACACGUUGUCUGACCGCUGAAGAAGUCGCCCACGGCCAGCGCAGACCCGUUAUUCUCUUCUUCUGGGACGCCAGGUUGGAGAUCAAAAUCAUGACGCAGUGGAGGAUCCGGCUUCCUGCGUACCCUGACCCGGAAAAGAUAAAGAUUGUAAUGUGGGAUCUGCAAAAGUGGCAUAACCUCCAGCAGGCCAGGCGGAACGCGGAGACGAGCGAUUCCGCAUACAAUCUGUUGAAACCCCUGGGGGUCCUGGCGUGUGGGCAUAAUGCGGGGAACGAUGUGUUUGCGAUACUGGCGGCGUUUCUGUACUUGCUUUAUAGCGAGGAGGCGGUUUGGAGUCGGUAUAUGAAGGACUUCACGUGGUUUUCGGAGGAGUAUAUGGUGAAGCUGGAUUGGGUGGAUUCGGAGAUUGCCGAGUACAAUGAGAGGCUGGAUCCGAACUGGGAUGUUGGGUCGUGCCUGGGAUGUUUCUUUUGAGUGUUAUAUCCUCGCUGGCUUGGAAAGCAUUUACUUGCAGGUUGGCAGUGAUGGGUAGACAUCGGCAUGUGAGCGACGGAGGACUGGUGUU